AUAAAAUAAUGAUGUCAUUAUAAAUCUUAUUUGUUGUCAUUGUUAUAGGUUUAGCAUUCGAUUCUGAGGCUGAUAAAAUAGUAUUUCCAGGUUGGGGAGAAUAUAAUUUUGGCACAUAUUCAGGACAUCUUACGUUUGGAACAGGAUUAAGGUAUCAUUAUAAGAAUUAUAUAGAAAAUUUCAUUAUAUUUUUCUUGAAAGUCAAAGUAAUCCAGCAACAGAUCCUGUUGUAUUAUGGUUAGGUGGUGGUCCAGGAUGUUCUUCAUUACUAGGAUUGAAUGAAGAGAUUGGACCAUUUGUUAUGGUUGAUGAUGAUAGAGUAUUUAAGAAGAAUCCUUAUCCAUGGAACACUCGUGUAAAUUUAUUAUUUAUAGAUUAACCUGCUGGAGUUGGAUUCUCAACCAAUAAUGAUCCAACUUAUGAAUAUAAUGAUAUAAAUUCUGGUGAGGAUAAUUAUCAAGCAAUUUUAGUUUGGUUUUCUAUAUUUAAACAAUAUUAAAAAAAUAGAUUUUUCAUUGCAGGAGAAUCAUAUGCAGGUAUAUAUAUGUAAUCACAAUUUAGGAAUGUAUAUUCCUUAUACAGCAAGAGCUAUUGUUGAUGGUAAUAAAUAAGCUGUUAUAAAAAUUCCGUUAGAAGGUGUUUUAAUUGGAAAUGGAUUGUUAGUAACAGAUCCAAUUAAAAGAAAUUCAGCUCUUUAGGAAUUCUUUUUAAAAAGGAAUUUUAUGUCUCCUACAACAACAAAUACCAUAAGAAAAAUAUGUAGUGUUUCUCCAAACUCUAUAAAAUGCUAAUUAGCUUAAGCUGAAUUUAAAAAGGUUUGUUUGGAUUCAGAUAUUAAUAUUUAUAAUGUAUAUGGAUAUUGUCAGAGAGAUUCAACACCUGAAUUUUUGAAACAAAAAGAAGCAUCAGGAAGAAAGAUUAGAUAUCCUUUUGUACCUUGGUAUGAAGGAAAUAGUUAUGGAGAUGAUGAUGAAGAAAAAGAUCCAUGUUCUGAUUUUGGACCUAUUAAUGAAUAUUAUAAUAAUGCAUAAGUCUAAGAUGCCUUACAUAUAUAAGAUAGACCAUAAUUUUGGAGUGCUUGCAGUAAAGAUAUCUUUUUUAAAUACACAAUGAAUAAGGAAGGAAGCUAUAAAAUACUUCCUUAUUUAAAUAAAUUAGGAAUUAGAAUUCUAAUAUAUUCUGGUGAUUAAGAUGCUAUUGUUAGUGUUGUAGAUACAGAAUAAGCUUUACUUAUGAUACCAGAUAUUUAACAAAUUGGAUCUAGAACUCCAUGGGGUAAUAAAAAUUUGGAUUUAGCAGGUUGGAGUACAAAUUAUAACUUUUUAAAAUUUGUUGUUGUAAGAGGUGCAGGACAUGUAAUUAUUUUAUUUAUAUUCAUAAAGAUGGUACCUUAAGAGCAAAGACAAAAUAGUUUUGAAAUGAUGGAUAGUUUUAUUAAUAAUAAUGAACUUCCUAAAUAUAAAUGAAGC